AUGCUUGCUACAGGUAUUCCUGAAUUACAAAGUGCCAAAGAUAUUGAAUAUAUGAGAAAUAUGUUCAUGUUUGAUAAAAAUGAUGAUGAGGCUAAAGAGGCAUUUAGACAACUCAUUUAUAAAUGUCUUGAUGCUUGGUCUCAAACUGUUAAUGAUUUGAUUCAUGACUUCGUACAUUAUAAAUGA